AUGUCACAUGCAAUUACACGAGAACAGUUUUACUUUUCUGGUUCAUGGAAUCUACGCCACAGAUCUGAAGUUAUUAUCACAGCAGAACAUCAUCCACAGAAUGUUGAUUUAAGUACGCGAGUCAUGCUGCCCGCGGAGCCAACUGAGAUCGCGGGCUUCCACGACACAAACACAUACCUAGGUGCCCACGUGCCUCCGGAAUUCUCGCGCGCGGGACCUGCCAAAGCAUUGCCGCUGCACAGCAAACGGAAAUUUGUGGUUGCUAAAAUUGCAGGGCAAAGUUCACUUGCCGUGGCGAGAACAUGCGCUUCGAAUGAGGUUGAAGGACCACUAGCGGAGACGGCAGCUGGGUGGCAGAAUGCCAAUCUGCCCCGAUCUGUGACCGAGCUAGUUCAAAAGCAGCUCAACGAUGAGGAUGACUUCUGGGCUGACCAUGAUGAUGAUGGCUUUGGUAAUCGGUUCACUCUUUACGAUGAACCAGAUUAUCAAGAUGGAUUCAUGUGGGAUUGCCGCGACACUGCAGGCGAUGCUGAAGGUUGCGUGAAAAACAGGCACAAGCCGGUUGGUUACAGCGACAAGCGCGCAAGGGCAUGA